CGGAACAGAGCCAAGCCCGGGGGUGAACUCACGGGGCAGAGUCAAGGGUUACACGGGGAUUUCCGUUGUUUGUUCCCAGAACGUGGGACGUCCCGUGCCGUGACGCAAAGAGGAGGGGGCGGAACCGGUCUAUUCACAGACUCUGAUGAACAACUCCACCGGAAUGUCGCAAGUUUUAAGACGAUGAUCCGAUCCUGGACCGUUUAUAAGGGAGUAAAAGUUGACAACAAACAGCACUUGGUCGACAGAAGCGCAUAGCCAGGCAAGCCAGAUAUUUCCUGUACCUGUCACUAAAGUUUACUUGUAUCCCUGUCGACACUACUCUGACGGUAAAAUACCAGGCAAGAUGACAACUUCUCUCCUCGCACGGCGCCUUUUGCAGUUUUGCUUCGUGAUCUGCCUGUCUGCCAUCCCGGCAUUUUCACAAGGCACAUACCCCGUACCGCUGGAGCUAACAUCCCAGGGUGUGCCGUGCGGUCCGGAGUAUGACGGCUUCUGUCUGAACGGCGGAGAGUGUGAGAGAAUCCCGGGUAUAAGCAGACCCAGAUGCAGUUGUCCCUUGGAGUACAUGGGAGAGCGGUGCGACAGACCAAACAUCCUGGCCCUGCAAGAAGCCUCGCAACUGGAGUUAUGGGACAUUUACAUCAUCGUGUCCGCUCUGGGGGGAGCCCUGGUCGCACUACUGGUGCUGGGAAUGGGGUGCAUCAUUUACAGGAAAUGCGGAAAGACGGAGCCCAGACCAGAGCUGGUGUGACAUCUGAGUACAAUACUUACUAUGUAUUCAUUACUUCUGUUAUUGAAGAAAGACACGCGAGCGACGUUUGUGUUCGCUAGUAACGUUACUACAGUAUUCACAAUGUGUUCUGUACUCUUGUAAAAUAAUUUUACAUUCGUGAUGCGUUGUUUUGUACCAAAAGUGUUGUGUUAUCAAAAAUGAUACCCUAUUCACUCUUAUAUUUUGACUAUAAUACCUUUACUAUCAUAAGGUAUUUUUGGAAUAUGUUAUUUUCAUCCAUUGAUGUACAUGCAUGCAUGGUUAUCAUUCAUCAUUCAUUUCUCCGUAAAAUUUUAUUUAAUUUAAUGUUAUUUUUAUUUAUAUAUUUAUAUUUUAUAUAUAAGAAGUUGACAAAGCUUCUUUGAAUGAACGAAUGUAAAUAUUACGUCGUUUAUAUUAAAAUCCGUAAUAUAUUUUGGACUGUACAUAUUACAAAGUUGUACUAUUAAGAUGUUCUACAAAUAAAAGUCUAUGGCUUCGAUCU